GCCAGAUCUGCCGGUCAUGUCUGGGUCUGGCCAUUACCAAUACCACGAGCUUCAUUGAUCUCUCUAACAUGGGGACGCCAGCUGCCGGAUCGUUCGCCCGGUUCCUUGCGUUGUUCGCCGCCGCGACGUGCCUGCUCUGGAGCACGGCGUCCGGCUUCUCCGCGUCCGGCGUCAGCAGGGCCUUCGCCACCUUCUAUGGCGGCAGCGACGCCUCAGGGACCAUGGGUGGGGCGUGCGGGUACGGGAACCUGUACUCGACGGGGUACGGCACGAGCACGGCGGCGCUGAGCACGGCGCUGUUCAACGACGGCGCGUCAUGCGGGCAGUGCUACCGGAUCAGGUGCGACUACGCGGCGGACCCGCGGUUCUGCAUCCGCGGCGCCUCCGUCACCAUCACGGCCACCAACCUCUGCCCGCCCAACUACGCGCUCCCCAACGACGACGGCGGCUGGUGCAACCCGCCGCGGCAGCACUUCGACAUGGCGGAGCCGGCAUGGCUCAACAUCGGCGUCUACCGCGGCGGCAUCGUGCCGGUCCUCUACCAGCGCGUGCCCUGCGCCAAGAAGGGCGGCGUCAGGUUCACCGUCAACGGCCACGACUACUUCGAGCUCGUGCUCGUCAGCAACGUCGGCGGCGUGGGUUCCAUCCGGUCGGUGUCCAUCAAGGGGUCGCGCACCGGGUGGAUGCCCAUGUCCAGGAACUGGGGGGUCAACUGGCAGUCCAACGCGCUGCUCAGCGGGCAGAGCCUCUCGUUCCAGGUCACCAGCACCGACGGCCAGACGAUCACCUUCCCCAACGUCGCUCCCGCCGGAUGGGGCUUCGGCCAGACCUUCGCCACCAACAAGCAGUUCUCUUAAUUCUCGUAAUUAGAGAGGUUUACAAAUUAAUCUAUACUCCAGUCCUUUCUUUUGGGGUGUCCGGUAUUUCUUGAUCAGUGAUCGGUGCAUAAUGUUCGAUCAUCUGCCGGCAGCGUCGCCGUGAAAUCUUCUCCGGACGAGGUGUUGUGUGGGUUUUGUGUUAAUCAUCCAUGCAUUUGGCUCUGCGUCCGAGUUGGAGUCAACCUUCACGAUGGAAUGCAAAAAGUUUCAUCAAAUUUAAA